AUGAGCACACAUCACUCCUGAGACAAGAUUCAGAAAAUUCAAGAGUUGUGUUUUAUUCCUAAGAACUCUAAAUUGAAGAACACCAUUGGAGAUAGAAUUUUGAUUAGAGUCCUUAACUAUUCAAAAAAAAAAAAUUAGUUAAAUAAUGCUAAGGACUCCAAUGGUGGUAACACCAUUGGAGAUGCUCUUCAGUGAAUACUUUUCCUACUAAGUUUUGCUUUUGAAUCUUUAGAUAAUCAUUGUGAUGGGAACUAAACCAGCCAAAUAAAUUUAAAUGAUUUUGACGGCCUCUAAAGUGUUAAUUUACAGAUGCAAAAAAGGCUGCUAUACUUCAAGAAAAACAAAAACUAAAAGAUAACGAAAAUCUCAUUUAGACCACCUCCAUACUACCAUAAAAUUAUAACAGAUAAAAAACAGGAAAAGUCAGAAAAUAUGAGCUACUGUGUUUCAAUUGAGAGAUUAAUCAGAGAUUGUGAAAUAUCCAUUAUAUACCAAAACGCCAUUUGUUUUUAUUAAUUAGCUUUAAGAAAACUAAUCAUAUCAUUUAACUAUAUAAAGUAUAUCUUUGGACUUUUCAGUUUUGAACUAAAAAACUAUAUUAGUUAUUGACUUUCAACAACUACAUAGAAUAACGUUUAAUAAUGUCCCAUACACCACUAUAUAAACGAAUAAGCCACGAUACAUUUACAUCACAACACACAAAUAUCAAACAAGAACCUAAAAUGGCAGCACAAGCCAAAACAUUCUAUGCUCUCUUACUAGCCUCACUCCAACUCCUCAUAACAACUCACGUGUCAUUAGCCGCCGGAGGAAAAUGGACUCUCCUCCUCUCCAACGUCGGAAUCUCCGCCAUGCACAUGCAGCUCCUCCGCAACGACCGUGUUGUAAUGUUCGAUAGAACCAACUUCGGGCCAUCAAACAUCUCUCUCCCCAACGGUAACUGCCGUAACAAUCCACAAGACGCCGUUUCCAAAAUCGACUGCACAGCUCACUCCAUCGAAUACGACGUCGCAUCAAAUACGGUCCGUCCCUUGACCGUACAAUCCAACACAUGGUGCUCCUCUGGUUCGGUCAGACCGGAUGGUGUUCUCGUCCAAACCGGUGGAGACCGGGACGGUGAACUAAAAGCGAGAAUAUUCUCUCCUUGUAAUAACAAUCGAUGCGACUGGGUCGAAAUUAACAACGCUGUAGCAAAGAGAAGAUGGUACUCUUCUAAUCAUAUACUUCCCGACGGUAAACAAAUCGUUAUCGGAGGUCAAGGACAGUUUAACUACGAGUUUUACCCCAAAACGACAUCUCCUAACGUUAUUGCGUUACCGUUUUUGGCCGAGACUAAUGAUAGAGGACAAGAGAAUAAUCUUUACCCUUACGUGUUUCUCAACACCGACGGUAAUUUAUUUAUAUUCGCUAAUAACCGAGCGAUAUUACUUGACUAUGUUAAAAACACUGUGGUGAAAACUUAUCCGGCGAUUCCCGGUGGUGACCCGAGAAGCUACCCGAGCACCGGCUCAGCCGUGUUACUACCGUUGAAGAAUCUUGAAGCUGUUAAAAUCGACGCGGAGGUUCUAGUGUGCGGAGGUGCACCGAAGGGAUCAUACAUCCUCGCUUUUAGAAGGAAUACUUUCGUGAAAGCGCUUGACACGUGUGCAAGGAUCAAGAUUAACGACGAGAAUCCUCAGUGGACGGUGGAGAAGAUGCCACGUGCUAGAGUCAUGGGAGACAUGACGCUUUUACCUAAUGGAGAUGUUUUGAUAGUCAACGGCGGUGCUUCCGGCUCAGCUGCAUGGGAGCUUGGUCGUGAACCGGUUUUCGUACCUGAUCUAUACCAUCCCGAGAAUCCGGUUAACUCGAGAUUUGAGUCGUUAAACCCGAGUACAAUCCCGAGAAUGUAUCACUCCACGGCGAUUCUUCUCCGCGACGGGAGAGUUCUCGUCGGAGGAAGCAACCCUCACGGGUUUUAUAACUUCACUGGAGUGCUUUUCCCGACCGAGUUAAGCUUGGAAGCUUUCUCUCCGGUUUAUCUAGAACCGGAGUUUGCAAAACUACGUCCGAAGAUUGUGUCUCCUAAGUCGCAAACAACUAUAACGUAUAGGAAAACUAUGAAGCUGAAGUUUAAGGUGGUCGGAGAAGUCAAGGGUCCAGUUAAAGUCACGAUGGUGUUUCCCUCGUUCACGACGCAUUCGUUUUCGAUGAAUCAGAGGCUUUUGGUUUUGGAUAAUGUUAAGUUUAAGAGAUCAAAAUCCACGAACUACGAGGUUCAAGUAAGGACUCCAAGAUCGGCGUUUAUAGCACCUCCUGGCUAUUAUAUGAUGUUUGUGGUGAAUGAUAACAUCCCAAGCGAAGGUAUUUGGGUAAGGUUACGGUGAUCCAUAUUUAUAAAUUCGUUUAUUACUUCUUUAAUUAUUCGCUUCUAAUGUGCAUGUUUGUUUAAUAUUAAAAUAAAAUGAUGUCUUCUUAAUUAUUUGAAGACUUGUAAAGUUUGUUUGGGUGACUUUUUGUUGAUUGACAACAAAAAAUUGUAUUAGUUGUAAUAAGAACUAGAUUUUGACCCGCGCUUUCAAAGCGCGGGAUUAUUUUCGAAACAUUCCAAAUUUAUUUGAUAUAAAUUUGUAUUUUAAUUGUAUCUACACUUAGAUAUUACAAAUGAAAAAUUAUAUUCAAUAUUUUCAAAUCUGACCCGACCCGCAGUUAAAUUGCCAAAUUCGGUGGUUCGUAUGUAAUCCAUUUUAGUUUUCAAAAAAAAAACUGUUAUUUAAAAAUUCUAUAAAACCCGUAACAACUGUUAAAACCCGAGAUCUGGUUAUCGGUUGAACUGAUAGAUGACCCAAUAUGUAAUCCGGUUUGAUUUAUUAUUAUAUUUAGAGUAUUGUAAUAUAUAUUCAUGAAUGUUCAGAUAAAUAGUAUAUAUAUUAUGAAAUUGAUAUUCCAAUUUUAAUACAAUUUUAGUCCAACUAAAAUUCCAUCUUGUUAAUGGAUUAAUAUUUGAGUGGAUGCAUACUAAAAAUAAAAUAGAUUUGAGCAUCAAUAAUAUGUAUACGUCUAUUACGAAUUAAUAAUUUAAGUUUG